GUCCAGCCCUCAAGACCCAACAACCAACGAACUCCCAGCUAUGCGUCUCUCCAGCACCACCUUUGUUGUUCUUGCGGCCGUCCUCCUCGCAAGCGGCACUGCAGUAUCGAAGGCCGACGAGACUGGCGUGACGAACGUAAACGCCGUUCACUCGCCGAAUGUUCUCGCUGGCGUGGACAAGCGAUUUCUCCGAAGCCACCACACGGAGGAUGGCGAAGCCAAACUCUCCAACUACGACAAUGAAGAGCGGAACGGCUUGUUCGGCGCGAACACUCUGUCAAAUAUGGGCAAGGAUACGAUUCUCCGCUUCCAGAUGUUCACGAAAUGGAAGGCCAAUGGAUACCUCCCGAAAAAAAUCAAAGACGACAUCCCCAGGAGUCUCUACAAGGCGUACAAAAUCCACUACCGCAUGAAUUAGUUCGAGGCGUGUUUCAAGUCGCCAGGUCUUCAUGCAACAUCUACGACACCGGCCAAAGGAGGUUGCGAUAGAGGGGGAAGCUCUAUCGCUGGGCUGCGUUCUACUAUCGGCGAAACUGGAACAUAGUAGCUGAUAAUAAAUAGAAGUUUUCAACCGACCACC